AUGCAUGUCGAAACGGAUGCUCUCCUGGAGGAUGCCCUGAAUACGGCCGAGAACGGCCGUGCGGCUUCAUCCAAAACGGCACUCAAGCCGCUGUCCCUGCUUCCCUUGAUUGCCCUCAUUUUCUAUGACGUGGCAGGGGGGCCCUUUGGGAUCGAGGAUGCUGUGAGCUCGGGGGGUCCACUGCUGGCGGUGCUUGGCUUCAUGGUGCUACCCAUCGUGUGGUCCGUGCCGGAGGCGCUGAUCACCGCAGAGAUGGCGACCACCUUCCCAGAGAACUCGGGCUAUGUCGCCUGGGUCACCGCUGCCUUUGGUCCCUUCUGGGGAUUCCAGGCAAGGGAGGGCUUCUGGUCAUGGAUCAGCGGAGUCACGGACAACGCUGUCUACCCAGUGAUGCUGCUGACCUACCUGCAGGAGGGCAUCCCCGUAUUCAAGGACGGAUGGCCGCGCUUGGUAUUCCUUGUGGGCCUGAAUCUGACGCUGACCUACUUGAACUACCGGGGACUGCAUGUGGUGGGCAACGCUGCCAUCGUCAUGACGGGGCUCACCCUGGCUCCGUUUGUGAUCAUCACCCUCCUUGGGCUGCCUCACCUGAAGCCAGCCAACCUGGUCAAGUCGGACUGGUCUGCAGUGCAGUGGUUUCCCUUCUUCAACGUCAUGUUCUGGAACCUCAACUACUGGGACAGCGUGUCGACUCUGGCUGGCGAGGUCCGCAACCCCGGCAAGACCUUCCCCCGGGCCCUGGCAGGCGCGGUGGUGCUGGUGGUGGCCUCCUACCUCCUCCCCCUGAUCGUGGGGCUGAGCUACUCCGCCGACGCCGCGGACUGGGACCUGGGCUACUUUGCGGUGGUGGGGGACCGCGUGGGCGGCCGCUGGCUGGGCUGGGCGGUGGUCGGCGCGGCCAUGGUCAGCCAGGUGGGCCAGUUCGAGGCGGAGAUGUCCACCGACUCCUACCUCCUGCAUGGCAUGGCGGAGCGCGGCUUCCUCCCCGCCGCCUUUGCGCGCAAGUCGCGGCAUGGCACGCCCACCCUGGCCAUCGCGUCCAGCGCCCUGGGGGUCCUGGCCAUGGCGAGGUGGGCCCGGCUGUUUGCGUGUAUUGUGGAGCUGCUGAACGUCGUGUACUGCAUGGCCAUGCUCCUGGAGUUUGCGGCCUUCAUCUGGCUGCGCAUCAAGUACCCGAGCCUGAGGCGGCCGUACAGGGUGCCGCUGCCGCUGUGGGGCUGCGCGGCCAUGCUCCUGCCCGCCAGCGCCCUGCUCCUCAUUCUGCUCAUCGGGCCCAUAAUCCAGGGCAAGACGUCGGUGAUCCUAUUCACGGCGGGGGCGUGCGUGCUGGGCUGCACUCUGUACCCCCUGCUGCAGACCGCGCGCUCGAGGGGCUGGAUGGCCUUCAGGGGGACGUCGCCCAGGGAGUUCCGCGAGAUCCUGUACUCCAUGUACAGCCCGGUACCGGAGGCGCCCGCCGCCACAGCACCACCCACCUGGUUGGAGAAUGAAUGA